AUGAAGAAAAGUCCGGGUUUCUCUGACUGUCUUUGGGCCUGGACCCUCGUUCUCAGCACUCUAUCAGGAAGAAGCUAUGGACAGCCCUCCCAGGAUGAACUUAAAGACAAUACUACUGUCUUCACACGGAUUUUGGACCGACUGCUGGAUGGUUAUGACAAUCGUUUGAGACCAGGGUUGGGAGAGCGCGUAACCGAGGUGAAGACUGACAUCUUCGUCACCAGUUUUGGGCCAGUUUCGGACCAUGAUAUGGAAUAUACAAUAGAUGUGUUUUUUCGUCAAAGCUGGAAGGACGAAAGAUUAAAAUUCAAAGGGCCCAUGACAGUUCUUCGGUUAAACAACCUCAUGGCCAGUAAAAUCUGGACUCCAGAUACGUUUUUCCACAAUGGCAAGAAGUCUGUGGCUCAUAACAUGACCAUGCCUAACAAACUCUUGCGCAUCACGGAGGACGGCACGCUGUUGUACACCAUGAGACUGACGGUGAGAGCUGAAUGCCCAAUGCACUUGGAGGAUUUCCCUAUGGAUGCCCAUGCCUGCCCAUUAAAAUUUGGAAGCUAUGCUUAUACAAGAGCAGAAGUUGUCUAUGAGUGGACCAGAGAGCCGGCCCGCUCAGUGGUUGUCGCCGAAGAUGGGUCACGCUUAAAUCAGUAUGACCUUCUUGGACAAACAGUUGACUCUGGAAUUGUUCAAUCUAGUACAGGAGAAUAUGUGGUUAUGACUACUCAUUUCCAUCUGAAGAGGAAAAUUGGCUACUUUGUUAUCCAGACUUACCUGCCAUGCAUAAUGACAGUUAUUCUCUCUCAAGUCUCCUUCUGGCUGAACAGAGAGUCGGUGCCAGCAAGAACUGUCUUUGGAGUGACAACAGUUCUGACCAUGACAACCCUGAGUAUAAGUGCCAGAAAUUCCCUCCCGAAGGUGGCUUAUGCAACAGCCAUGGACUGGUUUAUUGCAGUGUGCUAUGCCUUUGUUUUCUCAGCUCUGAUUGAGUUUGCCACUGUAAACUAUUUCACCAAGAGAGGGUAUGCGUGGGAUGGCAAAAGCGUGGUUCCAGAAAAGCCAAAGAAAGUGAAGGAUCCUCUCAUUAAGAAAAACAACACAUAUGCUCCAACAGCCACCAGCUACACCCCUAACUUGGCCAGAGGUGAUCCUGGCUUGGCAACCAUUGCUAAAAGCGCGACCAUAGAACCAAAAGAAGUCAAGCCUGAGACAAAACCACCAGAACCCAAGAAGACUUUUAACAGCGUCAGCAAAAUCGACCGACUGUCAAGAAUAGCCUUCCCGCUGCUAUUUGGAAUCUUCAACUUAGUCUACUGGGCCACCUAUUUAAACAGAGAGCCUCAGCUAAAAGCCCCCACACCACAUCAAUAG